AAGACUCUUCAUGGGGUCUGGAAUUUGCCAUGGCCAUUGCCAUUAUCACAAUUCUACGGCCCUGUUUCACUUUCAUCCGGUUUUCUUUGGAGCAGAUAUUUCUGUUCAUCAAUCAAAAAGAUGAACCGGACAAAUUUCAUACUUACCUGUACAUAUGUAAGAGAGGAAGAUCAGAAAAUGGACGAGAAGAGAGAAAUCGAAGAGCCACCAAGCUGCAAUUUCUCAUCUUCUGCUCAUCAAAUCAACCCUACAGAGAAGAGGACACCAAUUGAAGUCUUUCAAGUGCCUGCAAGUUCUGGAGAUCGCCAGUCCAAGGGUGAAGCCACUCAUGAGCCAGAUGAGCCAAAAUCAUCCCUCUCUUCCUUUCGUCCUGCUGCCAGCAUGGAAGCAUCCAAAAAGUGGAUGGCAUUUGAAAGUGAAAACUUUGAUAUAACAAAGACAUACACAAAGAACUUCGGUGGUAGCUUUAGGUCAUAUUCAACUAAAAUAUUGGAAACAAACAUGACAAAAAGGACUGCAGAGGAGAACAAGAUUGAUCGUUUAUCAUCGCUGCAACUGACGUAUGUUAUCUCAGAUGCAACAAAACCAGAUUACCCUAUCAUGUUUGCCAGCAAUAGGUUCUUGGCUAUGACCGGAUAUACAUUGGACGAGGUCAUUGGAAGGAACUGCCGGUUUCUUCAAGGACCGGAGACAGAUAAGAAUGAAGUAGCUAAAAUACGACAUGCAAUUAGAAAAGGGAAUAGCUACUGUGGCAAGCUCUUAAACUACAAGAAGAAUGGUACUCCUUUCUGGAAUCUUCUCACUGUUGGGCCUGUCAAAGACUCCCAUGGCAGAAUCAUCAGAUUUAUUGGAAUGCAGGUUGAGAUCGCCAAAGACAUAGAAGGAAAAGAGAAAACUGUGAGGUCCAUGUCCAUUACAGAGGUUCAAGCUGAGAGGGCAAUUAGGUCCAUUGUGGAGGUUGACAUUGUGAAAAGUCUUAGAUCUCACUGGCAUGAUGCUGAUACAAAGCACCAAGAGCCAGAAAAGACUAAUGCUGAUUAUGCUUCAUCCAAGGCUCUGGAUAAGAAUUUUACCACAGCUGAUAACCAAAAGGCUCGGUUCAAAGAAAGGACCUUAGGUUCUGCAGUAGAACGUGAAGAAAAGACAGUAGUUGAGACAUAUUUAUUCAAGCCUAAGGAUGGUGAUCAUGUUGCUAAAAGAGAAAGGGAUAUACGCCAAGGAACUGAGUUGGCUACUACAUUGGAACGGAUCAAGAAGAUAUUUUUUAUCACUAAUCCAAGACUUCCUGAUAAUCCUAUUAUAUUUGCAUCUCAUAGGUUUCUUGAUUCCACAGAAUACACGCUUGAAGAAGUUCUGGGGAGAAACUUUUGUUUUCUUCAGGGACCUGAAACAGAUCAAGCAACUGUCUCAAAGAUAAACGAUGCAAUUGAAGAGCAGAGAGAAAUCACUCUUCAGAUCAUCAACUACACAAAGAGUGGAAAAAAGUUCUCUAAUUUAUUUCACUUGCAACCCAUGUGUGAUCAAAUGAAGGGUGAGCUUCAAUAUUUCAUUGGUGUGCAAAUUCAUCAAAAACCUUCAAGAAACCGGCUUUUUGAUCGGACAGAGCAUGGAAGUGCAAAGCUAGCCAAAGCUGUAGCCGAAAAUGUUGUCAAGGCUGUCCGUGAACUUCCUGAUGCCAACUUGAAACCAACGAACUUCUGGGCAAUCUACUGUCAGCCGGUCUUGCCAAGGCCUCACAAGAAGUACAGCCCUUCCUGGAUAGCCAUACAAAAGAUUACCAGUCAUGGUGAAAAUGUUGGACUCCAUCAUUUCAAGCCAAUAAAACCUCUGGGUUUUGGAGAUAUUGGCAGUGUUCAUUUGGUAGAACUGAAAGGAACAGGUGAACUCUUUGCUAUGAAGGCUAUAGAGAAGUCGGUAAUAUUAAAUCGCAACAAGGUUCACCGAGCAUGCAUGGAAAGGGAAAUCAUAUCACUUUUGGAUCAUCCUUUCAUGCCAACUCUAUACUCUUCAUUUCAGACGUCUACACACAUUUUUCUGAUUAUGGACUUCUGUCCCGGUGGAGAGUUAUUUACCUUUCUUGACAAGCAGCCAAUGAAAAUGUUUAAAGAGGAAGCUGCUAGGUUCUAUGCUGCAGAAGUUGUCAUUGCUUUGGAGUACCUUCACUGUUUAGGUAUUAUCUACAGAGACCUAAAACCUGAAAACAUUCUACUCCAGAAAGACGGACAUAUCAUUCUCGCUGAUUUUGAUUUAUCGUUUAAGACGUCUAACAUACAAACCAUAGAAUCUUCACCCCCAAGAAAGAAGACACGUAGGCACAAAUCAUUGCCGAUGUUCGUUGUUGAACCUAUGGUGGAACUGAAUUCAUUCAUUGGAACUGAAGAGUACAUUGCCCCAGAGAUCAUAAUGGGUGCAGGCCAUGGUAGUUCUAUUGACUGGUGGACUCUUGGUAUCUUAUUGUAUGAAAUGCUCUAUGGUCGCACACCCUUUAAAGGCAAAAACAGGAAUAAGACUUUUGCCAAUAUUUUGUUCAAGGACUUGACCUUCCCCAUUAGUAUUCAGGUAAGUCUUGCAGCAAAACAACUGAUUGAUGCACUACUACAAAGAGACCCGGCACGUCGUCUAGGAUCAAGGACUGGUUCCGAUGAAAUCAAACGACAUCCAUUUUUCCGUCAAGUAAAUUGGCCUAAAAUUCGAACCAUGACACCACCAUCGCCAGAAGUAGCCCUUCAAAUAAUUGAGAGAGACCCAAAAGCCAAUGAUUUGAACUGGGAAGAUGGAAUGCUCAGCCAUUCAAUGGGUUCUGCUAAUAUUUUCUGAAGGAUCUCUGUCACCAGAAAAAAUUGAGUCAGAAUAUCACGUGGUAAAAGAAAGAGAGAGAGAGGUUAAUUGACCUCUUAGAGUAAAGAGACAUUUAGCUUUGUUUAUAUAUGCUGUGAUAGAAGAAUGGCAUUAGAAACAUUCAACCUAUCAAUAGAUGUGUAAAUGCUUUUGAAUACAACAUUCAACAAUAAAUCCAUUUUUACCAAUGAUUAAGAAGUC